CCAAGGAGCGAGGGGUUUGUCGGGACGCGGCCAGAGCCAACAUGGAGCCCUUGGUGGGAUGAGGGUGAAACUGCUGUUGCCGGCUGCUCCUGUUCUCCUGCCCCAUCAUGAUGUUGGUGCACUUAUUUCGGGUUGGGAUUAGGAGCUGCCCUGUCCCAGGCAGGUCGCCACUCCCUCUCCGCUUCCAGACAUUCUCGGCUGUCAGGCACUCCAGCGACCGCCAUAGCUCCUACCUCCUCAGGGCCGUGGCCCAGCUGCGGUCCCAGCUCCGGGCCUGCCUCCCUCGAGCACCCCCAGCUCCCAGCCGAAGCCCCUCUGCCUGGUGCUGGGUUGGGGGCAUCCUCCUGGGCCCCGUGGUACUGAGUAAGUGCCCCCGCCUCUGCCCUGUGGCACGGUGUGAGGCAGAAGAAGCCCCUCCCGCCUGCUCCGGACCCUGUGUCGGGGAGUCCCACUUUAACUGGAAGCUCUUCUGGAAGUUUCUGCGCCCCCACAUGCUUGUUCUGGGGGCAGCCAUCGUGCUGGCACUGGGCGCGGCGCUGGUGAACGUGCAGAUCCCCCUGCUCUUGGGCCAGCUGGUGGAGAUCGUGGCCAAGUACACGAGGGACCACUCGGGCAGCUUCCUAAAUGAGUCCCGGACUCUCAGCACCCACCUGCUCAUCCUCUAUGGCCUCCAGGGCCUGCUGACCUUCGGGUACCUGGUUCUGCUGUCCCGCAUUGGCGAGCGCAUGGCCGUGGACAUGCGAAGGGCCCUUUUCAGCAACCUGCUCCGACAAGACAUUGCUUUCUUUGAUGCUAAAAAGACAGGGCAGCUGGUGAGCCGAUUGACAACCGAUGUGCAGGAGUUUAAAUCAUCCUUCAAACUUGUCAUCUCCCAGGGUCUGCGAAGCUGCACCCAGGUAGCUGGCUGCCUGGUGUCCCUGUCCAUGCUGUCCACCCGCCUCACGCUGCUGCUGAUGGUGGCUACGCCCGCCCUGAUGGGAGUGGGCUCCCUGAUGGGCUCAGCUCUCCGGAAAUUGUCUCGGCAGUGUCAGGAGCAGAUCGCCAGGGCAACAGGUGUGGCGGAUGAGGCCCUGGGCAGCGUUCGGACCGUGCGAGCCUUCGCCAUGGAGCAGCGGGAGGAGGAGCGCUACGGAGCAGAGCUGGAGGGGUCCCGCUGUAAGGCGGAGGAGCUGGGCAGAGGCAUCGCCUUGUUCCAGGGGCUCUCCAACGUCGCCUUCAACUGCAUGGUCCUGGGCACCCUGUUUGUCGGGGGUUCCCUCGUGGCUGGACAGCAGCUGAAAGGGGGAGACCUCAUGUCCUUCCUGGUGGCCUCCCAGACAGUGCAGAGGUCCAUGGCCAACCUCUCUGUCCUGUUUGGUCAGGUGGUGCGGGGGCUCAGUGCAGGCGCCCGAGUCUUCGAGUACAUGGCUCUGAGCCCGUGCAUCCCACUGUCGGGGGGCUACUGCGUCCCCAGGGAGCACCUGCGCGGGGCCAUCACACUUCACAAUGUCAGCUUCAGUUACCCCAGCCGCCCUGGCCUCCAAGUGCUCGAAGACUUCACCCUCACGCUGCCCCCUGGCAAGAUCGUGGCCCUCGUGGGCCAGUCCGGCGGAGGAAAGACCACCGUGGCUUCCCUGCUCGAGCGCUUCUACGACCCCACGGCGGGCACAGUGACGCUGGACGGCUGGGACCUGCGCACCCUCGACCCCUCCUGGCUCCGGGGCCAGGUCAUCGGCUUCAUCAGCCAGGAGCCAGUCCUGUUCGGAACGACAGUCAUGGAAAACAUCCGUUUUGGGAAGCCGGGCGCCUCCGAUGAAGAGGUUUAUGCGGCCGCCCGGGCAGCCAACGCGCAUGAGUUCAUCACCAGCUUCCCUGAGGGCUACCACACCAUCGUGGGUGAACGGGGCGCAACCCUGUCUGGUGGCCAGAAGCAGCGCCUGGCCAUCGCCCGCGCCCUCAUCAAGCAGCCAGCGGUGCUGAUCCUGGACGAGGCGACCAGCGCCCUCGACGCGGAGUCUGAGCGGGUCGUGCAGGAGGCCCUGGACCGCGCCAGCACCGGCCGCACCGUGCUGGUCAUCGCCCACCGGCUCAGCACUGUACGCGGGGCCCACCACAUCGUUGUCAUGGCCCACGGCCGUGUCUGUGAGGCGGGGACCCACGAAGAGCUCCUGAAGAAAGGCGGGCUCUAUGCCGAGCUCAUCCGGAGACAGGCCCUGGACGCCCCACUUCCUGAGGCGCCCAGAGGCCCUAGGAACCACCACCCCAAGUCCUGAGAGCAGCCCUCUGCAGGCCGCUCACUGCCGGGCAUUAGUGCCUGGGGCCGGGAACUGAACCCCCAGGAGGGCCAACGUGCUGGGCUGUGGGCCACCUGCUCACGAUAAACUCGGGCCACGCACUGGACGAGGAGGAAGGCGAGACCGCUCCCACCCACUGCCCUCCUGCCACCAGGCUGCCUCCCUCCUGCCAGAACCACCGGCUCAUGCGGCUGCACAGGGGAGGAGGCAGAGCCCCUGGGCCCUGUUCUGUCCCCUCCCCGUGCACAGACCCUCCCCACCCCUCUGAGGAAUUCUGCUAAGUGUCCCCUCUGCCUGACAGCCUGAAGACGUCCAGGCCCCAGCUCUGGGGGGACUUUACAAAUUAGGGUCAGGGACUGGGCAGUGAAUUUACACUGGGGUUCUUCCCCGCUCACGCCCCAGGACCUCCCAACACCCCUCUGUCCCUAUUGCCUCCCUGGGCCCUGGGAGAAGGAGCCCACCCCCUGGGCCAGCCCCUCCAGCCCACAGUCCCCAUCAGGACAAUUUCUCAUCCUUCAUAUGGUCCUUAUUUCUAGAUUUCACCCUCCUCCUAUCCACAUGGGACAGGUGGCCCUCAAGCAGGAGAAGGAGGGAUGGGGUGUCUCACCUGGAGUCUGUCACCUGUUGAAAUUGUGGACAGCUCCCUUCUAAAUGAGGGCACUAGUUUCGAAGGGGACAGAGAAGGAGCCGACACCCCAAACUCCAACCUCGGGGCAUGUAGUGCCCAUAGUCACCAAAGCAUGAGGAAAGGACCAACACUAAGUCCCUUGGGCUGACAAAGUGCAGAACCAGCCUGAGGAGGGACGGUCACCAGGCCAGGGGAAGACGGGACCGGAGCCUCACCCUGAUGAAGGGCUGGCCGACCACACAAGUGGCAUGAGCCCGUGGCCCCGAAGUGGUGACCGGGGUGGGGCUGGCUUCCGUCAGCCUCUGAGGACCUGAAGUGGCCAGGGUUCCCCACCAGCGCGUGUGGACUCCCAGAGCCGGCCACCCUCCUGCCCUGGUUCUGCCCACGUCGCCUCCCACCAGGCAACCUCCCCCUUCUCAGCCACAUCCAGCCGAGGGCCCACCGAGCCCUGCUCCCUUGGGUGGGAAGAAUCGCCCGUGCUGGGCUGUCGGGGCCAGCCAAGCAUUUUGGGUCUAUCUUGUGGCGCAGAAGGGGGUGGCCACAAUUGCAGGACAAACAGAGUUGGCUGUGGCUGAAGGCCAGCUUGGAAAAAGUAGCAGCGGCUCAGGGGUGAACGCGGGAGCCAGGUGAGAGACCCCACAGCCUCUUCUGGGUGUGGUUGAGGACGAGAUGCUACUUUGGGGACAGACCAUCCAAAGCUUACCAGGGCCACAGCCCCCCUGCUUUGGUAGAUCCCUUGCUGGCCGACCGGAGGUCGCAGCCCAGGGCGCCUCAGCCCAGGAAGCUGAACAUGGGCCUGGCUCUGGGUUCUCUGGCCACUAAACACCUCCUAGUGCAGCCAAGAGCAGCCCUCGGCGCCCCGGCCAAGUUCAUGCUGGUGGGCCGGCGCCUCCCUCAGGAGAACCAGCCAAGGCCAGUUCCUGCUCCUCUACCUCCAGCCUCUGACACCAGAUUCUAGGUCUCUCCAUACCCCUCAGGGCGGCCUCGGAAUCCUGCCCCCACCCCCAACUUCAACUAGAGAGGUAGUGAGGUCAUGGAGCCUCCAUUUAGGAAGGCCGUGCUGUCGGCAUGUAGCCUCGACCUCGACCUUGGCUCCUGCAGUUAUUCAGUGUGGAUUGUAAGCCUGGUUGUGCUUAAUCUUGAAAGCUUGUUUUAAGAGUUUAAAUGGGAUGAUUUGUGGUAAAGUACUUGAAAGUCACAGGGCUGCAGCCUCCGAAGGUGGUCACAUCUGUGCAAUAAACCACGUUGUCCACUCUGUCUGAAA